UUUUUUCUUUGUAUCCGUAAUCCCGUAACGAGGAUAGCUUAGCUAGCUGAUGGAGGAGAAGGAGGGACGGGAAGCUGAGGUACCUUUGGCUAAACACUAAAUUAGCAGUUGCCAUUGAGUACUACUUUGCAUUCCCGUGAAAAUGCUAAUCUCGUGAAUCGACUUUUUCCCUUUCCCGUUCCCUUCCUUCCUCUGCCUUUCUCUUUUCCUUUCCUUCUCCUUCUUCUCUUGCCUCUCUCCCCCUCAUACUCCUGCUUGACAUCACUGAGGAAGCUUGGCGACGACGGACGCCGAACGGACCGAACGCCAACAAACGCAAAGAAGCAACGCGAUUCCGCAGAAAGAAGCUCACCAAGUAAAACUGUCCCGGUGAUUCCGACAGAAGCUGCUGGCCAUUCGAGAGAGAGCGUGUUAUCUUGAGAUCUACCCCGCCUCCACCAUCGGAAUCUGCCCCGCCAGAUUCGCUCGCACACGUACAUACGCACGCGCGGCGCGCAUACAUACAAAGCAAGCAGUCGCAGACGAUAAGGUCUCUCUGAAAAAGUGAGGCAAAAGUCGCAAUCGUGGCGAUCAUCACCGACACCACCACUCCCACCACUGCCGCCAAUAUGUCGGACGGGAAACGCGCCGUAGAGUCGGACAAGGUCUGGACGACCCUCAUCACCAACCUCGACUACCUCUCAGGCCUCCUCACCCUCAACCACUCCCUCAUCAAGUCCGGCUCAGCCUACCCCCUCGUCGCCCUCUACACAGACACCUUCCCCGCCGAGGGCCUCGCCGCCCUCGAGCGCCGCGGCAUCCCCGCCCAGCGCAUCGAGUACCUCCUCCCGACAAAGGGCCGCGACUACUCCAACGACCCGCGCUUCUACGACUGCUGGAGCAAGCUCUCACCCUUCUCCCUGACGCAGUACUCCCGCGUCGUCCAGCUCGACUCGGACAUGCUCGUCCUGCGCAACAUGGACGAGCUCAUGGAGCUCGAGCUCGACGACGGCGACUUCGCCGCCGAGCAGACCCCCGGCGCCGCCAUCGGCGGCGGCAGCCCCCCCAAGAGCCCGACGCUCGACGACCUGGCCGUCAAGAACCCGAGCACCCGCGUCUUCGCCGCCGGCCACGCCUGCGUGUGCAACCCGCUCAAGAAGCCCCACUACCCAUCCGACUGGACGCCCGAGAACUGCGCCUUCAGCACGCAGCACAACGACCCGGACACGGCGCAGCACACGGGCCCGGACCCCGUCACGGCGUCCCCGUUGGGCUUCAUGAACGGUGGCUUGCAGGUCGUGAACCCGUCUGAGGCGCUGUUCCGGCAGAUUGUGAAGCACAUGGAGCAGGGCGCCAUGGACAUGGAUUUCGCGGACCAGAGCCUGCUGUCGGAUCUAUACCGGGGCCGGUGGGUGGCGCUGCCGUACGUGUACAACGCGCUCAAGACGCUGCGGUGGGACGGGGUGCACAGCGAGAUUUGGCGGGACGAGGAGGUGAAGAACGUGCACUACAUCUUGGCGCCCAAGCCGUGGGACGAGAUCGAUGCCGUGACGGGGGAGUGGACGGGGACGGAGGAGAGUCAUCGGUGGUGGGUUGACUACAACCGGGAGAGGAAGGCGAUUGAGGUCGCCCAGGGGGUUGAUGAUAAGUUUUGAGCAUUAGGAGCGAGGGGAUGAGAUGAGCAUAGUGGUGGGGAGUUAAUGAUGGGAUCGAGAUGUCUUGCUGCCUUGAUGGCUUUCAUUGGUUUUGAUAUUUAUUUGCCGUUCACAUUCCCGAGGAUUUCCGGGAUAACUGGCCAUGGGUAAUGGGGCUCAUUAGAUACAUGUCUUCGUCGACGACAGGUUUUUGAAAGAAAAAAAUAUAAUACCCGGG